GAGGCAGCGCCGGGGAGAGGGCGGCACCCCCGGAUCGGGGGUUUGGGGGGCCCCGGGCAUGGCCUGGGCUGAGGACGGGGUCGGGGGCCUGGCUUGGGUCCCCGCAGCCAUCCUGGAGUCCGGGAGCAGCGAGGAGGAGGAGGAGGAGGAAGAGGAGGAGGAGGAGGAUGAAGAGGCAGCUCCUGGACAGCACCUGCCCCUGGAGCCGGUGCCGGGUGACGCCGAGGCUCGGCUGGCCCAGCUGGAGCAAGCGUCGCAGGCGCUGCUGGCCGAGCUGGCGGCGCUGGACGCUGAGGUGGAGCGGGAGCAGCGGAGCCGGCAGCGAGCCCAGGCCUUCAGUGCCCAGGUGGAGCAGGAGAACGCGCAGCUGGAGAGGCUGAGCCUGGCCAGGACCCCCGAGGGCGCCCCCCCAGAGGAGGUGGCACCUGUGAUGACCCCUGAGGUGGCCCCAGAGGAGGUGGCACCUGUGAUGACCCCUGAGGUGGCCCCAGAGGAGGUGGCACCUGUGAUGACCCCUGAGGUGGCCCCAGAGGAGGUGGCACCCACGGAGGUGCCCCUGGUGGAACCCCCUGCCCCUGCCCAGCUCCCAGCUCCUCAGGAAGGUCCCUCCCAGCCUCUGGAGCUCCAGGACCUCAGGGUGCAGCUGCAGCUCCUGCACACCCAGCUGGAGCUGGAGCGGGAGGAGCAGCGGCGCCUGCGGGCGGCGCUGGGCGCCAGCCAGAGGGCCCUGCGCUCCUUCAAGAGAGUGUCCCAGAUUGUCACCCAGGAUUACUGCCAGGCCCUGGAGCAGCUGGAGCUGGAGCAGGACCUGCGCUGCCACGCCGAGGCCUUCGCCCACCAGAUGCUGCUGCAGCAGAAGGAGGCCAACCGGCAGAGCUCCAUCCUGCUGAGGAGCGCCGGGCCCGAUUCCCAGAUCCUGGAAGCGCUGCAGGAGCUGGGGAAGCUCAGCCGGGAGCUGGAGGAGGCGCGGCGGGAGCGGCGGGAGCGGGAGGAGGAGCUGCAGGAGCGGCUGCGGGAGCAGCGGGAGCAGCUGGAUCGGGCUCGGGAAGCGCUGGAGGAGGCGCAGGAGGAGAAGCGGGAGCUGAGAGAGAGGCUGGAAGGGCUGGAAAAGGAAGCGGGAUCCCUCCGGGAGCAGCUGGCACGAGCCGGGCCAGCCCCGGGCCACCCCCAGGUGCCACCACCGCCACCUCUGCCACCGCCCGCCGCCACUGUCCCCACAGACCCCCUGGCCGCCCUCAGGCGCAGGAAGGCGACAAAAACCGCGGAGCAAAGCGCGGCGGGGCUCGGGGACAUCCGCGCCAGGGCCGUGCAGGAGAUGCUGGAGCGGAUCCGCAACGGGAUCGUCCUGAGGCCGGCCCGGGGCGGGGCGCGGCGGGGACAGGAUUCCAUGGCCAGCAAGAGGCGCAGCGCGGCGCUGGAGCUGCGGGGGAUCCUGGGCGCCGCUCGGAGGUCGAGCCGGAGGCGCAGCCGGGACGCGCAGCUCGAGUCCAUCCUGGAGCGGCGGCGCCGCGCCCUGGACGCUCCCGGCGGGAAUUCCCUGGAAAAUCCCGGCGGGAAUUCCCUGGAAAAUCCCGGCGGGAAUUCCCUGGAAAAUCCCGGCGGGAACUCCCCGGAAAAUCCCGGCGGGAACUCCCCGGAAAAUCCCGGCGACGCGGCGGGAAAGCGGGACGGGGACAAGGACAAGGACAAGGACAAGGACAAGGACAAGGACAAGGACAAGGACAAGGACACGGAUGGGGACAUGGACAUGGACAGGGUCCCCUUCCGGCCCCGGGGCCUUGGUGGCCUCCCCAGGACGCGUCCCCUGCCCCGCCGGGUUGGGGACAGCGGGGACACCGUGUAGGAGCCGCUUCCCGGGGUUUCCCGCCCUCUUUUCCCAGAGUUUUCCACCUUUUUUCCUCCCAGAAUUUCCCGCCUUUUCCCCCCAGAAUUUCCCGCCUUCCUCUCCCAGGGUUUUCCUGCCUCGUUUCCUGGGAUUUCCCACCCUAAAUUCCCGGGAUUUUCCUGCGUCGUUUCCCAAGGUUUUCCACCCUCAGUUCCCAGAAUUUCCCACCCUCAAUUCUUGGGAUUUUCCUGCUUCUUUUCCAAAGAUUUUCCACCCCAUUUCCCGGGAUUUUCGUGCCUCUUUUCCCAGGAUUUUCCACCCUCAUUUCCAGGAUUCUCCUGCCUCCUUUCCCAGGGUUUUCCACCCUUUUCCCUCAGAAUUUCCCGCCCUCUUUUCCCAGGAUUUUCCUGCCUCUUACCCCGGGACUUCACUCCCUCCUUUCCCAGGUUUUUCUACCAAUUUUCCCAAGAUUUUGUGCCCUCAAUUCCCAGGAUUUCCCCCCUUUCUUUUCCAGAAUUUCCCCUCCUUUUUCCCAGGAUUUUCCUGCCUUAUUUCCCAGGGUUUUCCAGCUUUUUUUUUUCUCCCAGAAUUUCCCAUUUCCCAGGAUUUCCUGCCCUCAGUUCCCAGAAUUUCCCACUUUCAUUUUCCAGGAUUUCCCACCCUCAAAGCCCAGAAUUUCCCAUUUCCCAGGAUUCCCUGCCCUCAAUUCCCAGCAUUUCCCCCCCUCCAUUCCCAGGCUUUCCCUCCCUCCCUUCCCAGAAUUUCCCGCUCUCUUUUCCCAGGAUUUUCCCGGGAUUUCCCCUCUCUCCUGGGAUUCCCUGGAAUUCCUCCCCAUCCCCUCCUCCCGGGCAGAUCCGGCCUCGCCUCGAACAUUCCCGAACCUCCGAACUCCUUCCCAAAAUUCCCACAGAACUUCAGGCAGCUCCUCCUUUCUUACAACAUCCCAAUAAAAUCCUUUAUUCCCUCGGAUUUGGGAACACCUGGAAUUCUUCCUGGCAUCCCAGGGAAUCCCAGCUCCUUCAUUUCCCGGGAAUUCCCUGGGAUUUGGUUUGAUCCCAGUUUUUUUCCCCUUCCUCAGGCUGGGAGGGAAUUUUUUCCCGAUUUUCCCUCAAUUCCCGCUCCUUUUCCCGGGGGAUUUGCCAGGAGGGAAAACUGGGAAGGAGAGGCUGAAUCCCUGCCC